AUGGCGGGCCCAAAGAAGCGCGCAUUCGACGCCAAGCAACAUCGUCCUUCAAAAAAGCAAAAACGCCAGCAAUUACAACAAUACGACAGCGGUUCCGGCAGCGAUGAUCAGGACCAAGAUUUUGACGCUGUCAACUUUCUUGACUCUGAUGACGAUAUUCACAACGUAACCGUCGAUGACGCUGCAGAAUCGGAUAAUGAGGAUUCUUCAAGCUCUGAGGAUGAGCAACCCACAGUAAAGAAGCUCAAGCAGCCCUCAAAGCCCGCCAAAUCAAAAAAGUCUGCCGCCCAAGCGGAGGAGAAAGAAGACGACGACGACGAUGAAGACGCUGAAGAAUCAGAUGUUGACGAAUAUGACCUCGAUUCCGAUAAUGCUGGAACAAGGACAAAAUCAAAGCGCAACGACCCCAAUGCCUUUGCCACCUCCAUCUCCAAAAUUCUCUCCACAAAGCUCUCAUCUUCAAAACGCUCCGACCCCGUCCUAUCAAGAAGUGCAGCCGCCCACGAAGCCUCCAAAGCAGCCGUCGACAGCGCACUAGAAGCCAAGGCAAGGCGCCACCUGCGCGACCAAAAGAAGAAGGCUCUAGAAAGAGGCCGGGUAAAGGAUGUCCUUGUCGCCAGCCGGGACGAUGCCACUGGUGAGGUGGAGUCGUCAACGGCGGAGAUUCUGGAAACAGAACGGAAACUGCGCAAGGUUGCGCAAAGAGGUGUGGUCAAGUUAUUUAAUGCCGUGCGAGCUGCGCAGGUCAAAGCAACAGAGGCAGAGAAAGAUGCGAGGCGAGACGGUGUCAUAGGAGUUAAUAAUCGCACGGAAAGGGUGAAUGAGAUGACGAAGAAGGGAUUUUUGGAUCUUAUCGCCUCGGGUGGUGGCGGCUUAAAAAAGGGCGCUUUGGAGGAGGCUUAG